UCCGGACGUCGGACCCAGCUCGGUUCCCGGACUGUCCGGGCGGCAGCGGACGCCGCCGCCUCCUCGUCGCCUCAGCCUGGCGUUUUGUUCCGAGAGACCCAAGAGGAGGUUUGUCUCCGAGGAAGACCCAGGGAACUGGAUAUCUAGCGAGAACUUCCUACGGAUUCCUCGGAGCCUCGGGAAAAUGGGAGCUGCUGCAAAGUUGGCGUUUGCCGUCUUUCUUAUCUCUUGUUCUUCAGGUGCUAUACUUGGUAGAUCAGAAACUCAGGAGUGUAUUUUCUAUAACGCUAAUUGGGAAAGAGAUAGAACCAAUCGAACUGGUGUUGAACCCUGUUAUGGUGACAAAGAUAAAAGGCGACAUUGUUUUGCUACCUGGAAGAAUAUUUCUGGUUCCAUUGAAAUAGUGAAGCAAGGUUGUUGGCUGGAUGAUAUCAACUGUUAUGACAGGACUGAUUGUAUAGAAAAAAAGGACAGCCCUGAAGUAUAUUUUUGUUGCUGUGAGGGCAAUAUGUGUAACGAAAGGUUUUCUUACUUUCCAGAGAUGGAAGUUACACAGCCUACUUCGAACCCAGUUACACCUAAGCCACCCUAUUACAACAUACUGCUCUAUUCCUUGGUGCCACUUAUGUUAAUUGCGGGGAUUGUUAUUUGUGCGUUUUGGGUGUACAGGCAUCAUAAGAUGGCCUACCCUCCUGUACUUGUUCCAACUCAACACGCCUUUCAUAUAAUGAUAGAGGACCCAGGACCACCCCCACCUUCUCCAUUACUAGGUUUGAAGCCACUACAGUUAUUAGAAGUGAAAGCAAGGGGAAGAUUUGGUUGUGUUUGGAAAGCCCAGUUGCUCAAUGAAUAUGUAGCUGUGAAAAUAUUUCCAAUACAGGACAAACAGUCAUGGCAAAAUGAAUAUGAAGUUUAUAGUUUACCUGGAAUGAAACAUGAGAACAUAUUACAGUUCAUUGGUGCAGAAAAACGAGGCACCAGUGUUGAUGUGGACCUUUGGCUAAUCACAGCAUUUCAUGAAAAGGGUUCACUGUCAGACUUUCUAAAGGCUAAUGUGGUCUCUUGGAACGAAUUGUGUCAUAUUGCAGAAACCAUGGCAAGAGGACUGGCAUACUUACAUGAGGAUAUACCUGGCCUAAAAGAUGGCCACAAACCUGCCAUAUCUCACAGGGACAUCAAAAGUAAAAAUGUGCUGUUGAAAAACAACCUGACAGCUUGCAUUGCAGACUUUGGGUUGGCGUUAAAAUUUGAGGCUGGCAAGUCUGCUGGUGAUACCCAUGGACAGGUUGGUACCCGGAGGUAUAUGGCUCCAGAGGUAUUAGAGGGUGCUAUAAACUUCCAAAGGGAUGCAUUUUUGAGGAUAGAUAUGUACGCCAUGGGAUUAGUCCUGUGGGAACUGGCUUCUCGCUGUACUGCUGCAGAUGGACCUGUAGAUGAAUACAUGUUGCCAUUUGAGGAGGAAAUUGGCCAGCAUCCAUCUCUUGAAGAUAUGCAGGAAGUUGUUGUGCAUAAAAAAAAGAGGCCUGUUUUAAGAGAUUAUUGGCAGAAACAUGCUGGAAUGGCAAUGCUCUGUGAAACGAUAGAAGAAUGUUGGGAUCAUGAUGCAGAAGCCAGGUUAUCAGCUGGAUGUGUAGGUGAAAGAAUUACUCAGAUGCAAAGACUUACAAAUAUCAUUACUACAGAGGACAUUGUAACAGUGGUCACGAUGGUGACAAAUGUUGACUUUCCUCCCAAAGAAUCUAGUCUAUGAUGGUUGCACCAUGUGUACACACUGAGAAACAGGACUCUGAACUGGAGCUGCUAAGCUAACGAAACUGCUUACAGUUUAUUUUCUGUGAGAAAUGCGUAGGAUGUCUCCCGGACACGUCAAGAUGACCCUCAUUUGAAAAUGUGGCUCUGGGAGACGUACAGCAUUGCCUGCAGCAGAGACGUGAAGGACGUGAGACUAAGAAAAGUUGCAGACUCUAAAGAAACUUUUGAAAAAGUGUACAUGAAGAACAUGGCCCUCUCCAAAUCAAGGAUCUUUUGGACCUGGCUAAUCAAGUGUUUGAAAACUGACAUUGGAUUUCUUAAUGUCUGUCAGAAGACACUAAUUCCUUAAAUGAACUACUGCUUUUUUUUUUUUUUUUAAAUCAAAAACUUUUCAUUUCAGAUUUUAAAAAGGGUAACUUGUUUUUAUUGCAUUUGCUGUUGUGUUUCUAUAAAUGACUAUUGUAAUGCCAAUAUGACACAGCUUGUGAAUGUUUAGUGUGCUGCUGUUCUGUGUACAUAAACAAAGUCAUCAAAGUGGGGUACAGUAAAGAGGCUUCCAAGCAUUACUUUAACCUCCCUCAACAAGGUAUACCUCAGUUCCACGGUUGCUAAAUUAUAAAAAUUGAAAACACUAACAAAAUUUGAAUAAUAAAUUGAUCCAUGUUUUCUAACAAGGUAUUACAAAUUCACUGUGUUAUUUAAGAAAAAAAGGUAAGCUAUGCUUAGUGCCAACACUAAGUGGCCAUUUGUAAAGCAGUGUUUUAGCUUUUCUUGUGCUAGCUUGUAAUUUAAGGAAAAAAAAGUGCUGUUUUUUGAAAUGAAAAAAUGUCAUUUCCCCCUUCUUCCCAUGUUUUAAAGCUUCAUCUUCUAUCCAGUUCCCAAAUUAUUGCAUACUUACCUAAGUAUUUUUUUUUUUUUUUUAAGGUGUGCUGUGUUUGGGGAAUAUUUGAAAAUUUAAAGCAUGAUUUAAAUUUUUUAAAGUGAGCUGUGACACUGGAAAGCUCUUCAUUUUUAUUCUUUUAAAAUAGAUUUUUUUCCUAUUUAUAUAUGUAAAAUUGUAGUGUAUUUCUUUUCACCAAACAGUGUGUGGGACAUUCUUUAUCACUGUUUAAGGAUCACCUCAGGAAGUGUCAUUACCCAGAAUUCCUCACUCUCUGCUUUGAGACUUGUAACUUUAUCACUAUAUUUCUGCUUGGUGCCAUCUUGUCAGAGUAAUAUUUGAUGUCUGUGAUACAUGAAGAAUUAUCCUAGGAUAGAGGUAUUAAAUUUUAAGCACAGAUUUCAGAUGUUACUGCUUUAAAAAAAAAAAAAAUCAGGGAUAACAAGUUAAACUUACAAACUUAAAAUAUGCAAUGACAUUUAGAGGUAACCGAUGUUGAUAUAGGUAAUAUAACCUAGCCUCUUCCCAUAAAUUGCUUUCACAACUAUGAUAUUUAGAAUAGUUUCCUUGAUAAGAAAAUGGAACUGAUGGUAGGUAGGUGCCAAAGUGCUUUUCAAAACACUAUUACAUUAGAAUAUAAUUGGAUUCUUCCUCAAAUUUAUACAGGCCAAAGUAAAACAUUAAUUUCCUGAAUUUCUAGAUUACUGACCAACAAAUAGCCAGUAUUAUGCUAUGUACUUUUGUCAGGUCAUUUAAAAAUCCAUACAUUAAUUUUAUACAAGAAUUUUUUACAUGUCACUAUCAGGAGCUCACUGUGAAUGUAUUAUCUUCAAAUGGCUAUUUAACCACACAGUACACUACGUUUUACAUAUAAUGUGCACUUAAUCUCUGGGAAUAAUAAAUUAUAUUAUUUAUAGAUAAUGCAUAGGUCAACAGACUCUAAGCAGGGAGGGAAAGAAGAGUAAUAGCAUUGUUGUCUGUGUGCCACACACCAUACAGAAUUUUGUGCUCUUGGGUCACAUAUAUACCCAAGUUUUCAUUGUAUUCCUAAGAAUUCCCAUUUCAAUGUUGAGUUUCACCUCUUUAUUUCAAAAAGUACUUGACAUCUCAAUUUCUUGAUUUCGUUUUACUUCCACUUUGAAACUUACCAAGAUGGGAAAAUGACAAUGUUCAUAACAUGGAAACUGUCAAUCUCCUGAAGACCAAUUUCUACCUGUUCUAAACAUUUAAUUCUAUUUUUAAGAGUAAAAAAAAAAAAAAAAAUCAAAUCAAAACAAAAACAAGGAA